GAUCUCCAACCACAUCCGGCACUUCGGUGUCCCAGCCAGCCAACACUGUCAAAUCACCGAGCGGUCCAGCAACUAAACGCAGACGCGCACCCACGAUUGAACACCACGGAGAUUAUAUAUCUGGAAAUACUCCACAUGCUUCACCGACUUCAAGUCCGCCGGUGUGUCGCAGUGAAACAGCACAGGCGCCGGAACCCAGUGCGUUGCACAACACGGUCGCGUCUGCGCACAGCCAACAGGCUCUGAGCGAACGCACAGAGGAUACACAGCGGCUGCUAUCGUACGAUAGCAGGAUCGCUCCACAGGAUCAACAUAACACAGCGGACAGUGGAACGUCCAUUGAACGGACCGCUAAUACGUCUCAACAUUUGGUAAACCCGAUCAUGCAAGCGCUUCCACUCGUUACGAACAUCGACCACAGCCGGUACCACAAGCUGCAGUACAUUAUUUUGGGACUGCGCAAACAGGGAUAUUCCUGUGCAUCAGUAAAGCAGCACAUCGAUGCCUGCUUCAUGUUCAAAGACACCCCAUUGCGCGAUGCGAACAGGGACUCCGUGGAUCGAGGCAUCAGAAGCCAAGAAUCACACAAAUCACCGGUGGUUGUUCAACAGGUUGAUGCACAACCAUUGACUGCGAUAGAUAAAUCAGGAAUUUGCGCAACUCUAGUUGCAUUACCCCUUUUGGAAGCUGUAGGCGCCGAUGAUAUCGAGCUGAGAAGAGCGGAAGCAGCCGUAGAUCCCAUCACUGCGACACCGGUCCCAACAUCUCCCCGACUAAAGCGGAUCCCAUCUGAGGACCAACAACAGCAACCGAUUUUAACUUUAGAAAACGAGGUUUCACUCAGCGGUGAAGGUAAACAAAGCGACACAGGUCCAUCGCCCAAUGGCAGUUGCACUGCGAAGGUUCCUUCUCUACACUCUGUAAAUGGAUCAACAGAACCUGGGGAAGUAACGAACAUCGACAACUGCCGCACCAGCGAGAGUCAAACAGAAAUUACUGCUUCUGGGUUUGCUGAGAAUCGUUGGUGCUCCUUCGAUGAUUAUUUUGGCAUGCGGCACUACCAACAAAACGUUGCGCUUGAUGAAGAUCACGUGGAACCGGAUCCACCGGAAAACAUUUCCCCUAGCCCAGGCACCGAACGAGAGGAGUCUGCAAAUACGGCUGCCACCGUCCUGAACAUAUCCGCAAGAAACGCUGCUCCACAAUCACCGCUAUCGCCAGACUCUGAAACCGAGAUCGUCUCGGCGAAAUAUCAAUGCCGUAUUUGCCGUGUGUCGUCGGACGAUGAGGAUCAGUUCUUGUCACAUUUGACUGUUCAGGUUCAUCGUCUUCUAUUGGCGAAGCACGUGUUUCUGCGCUGCACGGGAUGUUCAUUCAAAAGUCGGCAACCUAUGAAGAUGGGCGGACACAUUAUUGCGUACCAGUCGCGGAAUAAUUUAAACAGCUCCAUCACUCACGCAGUUGCAAGAAAUUAGAUUACUGUAGCGGAGUAUGCAGCAUCUCGGAAGCGCU